CAUGUCCUUUGAAUGACUUGGUGGUAUCCGGAAAGAGGGGUGGUGAGAAUUUCAUUUACACUGCUACUCUUUGUGGCUCAUUUCAAUUGGACAUCAUUUAAAUUAAUGUGCAGUAUGUGAUAUGUACCUAGCUGCAAUUGAAAAAAAUGGCUGCACAGAUAACUGAGUCUGAUCAAAUUAAACAGUUUAAGGAAUUUCUGGGUACAUACAACAAACUGACAGAGACUUGUUUUAUGGACUGUGUAAAAGAUUUUACAACCAGGGAGGUGAAACCAGAGGAGAUGACAUGCUCUGAAAGUUGCCUUCAGAAGUACCUGAAGAUGACACAAAGAAUAUCGAUGCGAUUCCAGGAGUAUCAUAUUCAACAGAAUGAGGCUUUAGCUGCCAAAGCAGGACUUCUCGGCCAGCCCCGAUAAGACAGGGCAGUGGUUUGGAUUUAUGUACAGUAUUGUACUGCUGGAAGAGGACUUUCUAAUGUAUAACUGACCUGUUCUCCCCGAGACACAACUAUAAUUGUAGGAUACCUUGAACAGCAAGAGCAUACAGUGGCCAGGUUGUAGACAACAGAUCAUAUAAAGGGCAGUUUGCUCAAGAAGUAUUCUCUAAAAAUACUUUUAAGCACCUACUACUUGAAUUAUAUGCGAGAACUAGUAGACAUGGUGCCUGCUGGCCACUGGACAUAAGUGUUUCGAUAAGUCUUAUGGUGAUAAGUCAUUUUGCUUUCGUACAAUACAUGACAAAAACUUGUUUACUUCUAUGGACCAUGUUUUUUAAUUAUUGUUGAAAGAAAAUAAAAUAUUAUGCUGUAUA